CCCCCUCUACAGGAGUGCCCCCGAAUCAUCCGCCGCCGGGAGGCGAGGUUCGCUUGUCGAUCGUACCGGUCCGCGGCGCCGCGGAUGGAGGCGCUCAAGAAGCAGGCCAGCAAGCUCCGGGAGCACGUCGCCAAGCAGCAGCAGGCGGUUCGCAAGACAUUCAGCGCACGCUAUAAUCCGGACACUUCUCUCGUCGAUGAAGCUGAACUCGAGUGCCAUCACAAUCUCCAGGCACUUUAUAAUUCUACAAGGGCAGCUAAACAAUUCCAACGAACCAUUGUACGAGGUGUCGAGGGUUUUGUUGCUGUUAGCACCAAACAGAUGGAGAUAGUCAAAAAGCUUGCUGAGGAUUGUUGCAAAUAUGGAAACGACAAUCUGAAUUCUGGUUUUGCUCUUGGAAGGGCUUCGGUUGAGUUUGGUAAAACCCACACCCAAAUGGAGCUAGAGCGGGACAAACUUCUUAAAGUUCUUGGAGAGCAGGUUUUUGAGCCUCUCCGGGAAAUGAUAAUGAGUGCCCCCCUUGAAGAUGCUCGCUUGUUAACUUACCGUUAUCAACGGAUAAGACAAGAUAUGGAGUCUCAGAUAGCUGAUGUGAUGAGAAAGCAACUGAAGUCCAAGGAGAGUAGUGGUAAUGCAGAUUCGGCGAAACUGCAACAUGCAGAAUCAAAAUUAUCAGAGCUCCGAACUACGCUAGCAGCAUUAGGAAGAGAAGCAACUGCAGCCAUGGAGGCUGUUGAGGUUCAGCAGCAACAGGUUACCUUCGACCGUCUCCUUGCAAUGGUUGAUGCCGAGAGAACUUAUCAUCAGACUGUUGCUGAUAUUCUGAACAAACUCCAUGAUGAGAUGCUCCUUGCAAAACAUCAUGAGGAGUCAGACAACAACCAUGAUGAGCCAUCGUCAGAACCAUCGCCCGAGCCAAAAAUAUCCUCAACACAUGCGCACUCAAAUAGCACAUCAGAAGAUCCAGCACCAGCAGUGCCUGAAACUAGUGAACCUACAAGGAACGGUCAGGAAGUGAAUUAUGUUGGGGAGGUAAUCCAUCCCUUCGAUGCUCAGGCUGAUGGUGAGCUAAGUAUUGCCGUGGGUGAUUUCGUUGUGGUCCGCCAGGUGUCUCCAAACGGGUGGUCGGAAGGGGAGUGCAAAGGAAAGGCUGGCUGGUUCCCAUCUGCCUACGUAGAGCAGAGGGACAAGGCCCCGGCAAGCAAGGUGAUAGAGCCCGGACGUCUGACUGCUUGAUCCCCCUCUCGUACUGAUGGCUGCUGUUCAUCGUCCUGGUUCUUCCGCUGUACAUGAGGAUGAGGUACUUGAGGAGUGAUUAGCAUUUUGUAGUAGAACCUUUACCUUUCUGUGCAGAUUCUUGGGUUAUGUAAAAGAUAUAGGAGUGUUUUGCCAUUAGGAUCUCUCUUCUGCUGCUUAUUUUUUUCCUGGGCAAUGUAUAGAGACUAGAGAGAGCUAUUGGCCAUGGUAUGCUGUACCCUUCCCCUUGUUAUUAUGUGGAAAGCGUGCUUCCUGCCGAA